AUGCCUAUUCUCACUAUCAAAACGAACGUCAAGGCGUCCGAGGUACCGGAAGGGUUUCAUGAAGAGACGACGACCCUACUUGCACAGGUCUUAAAGAAGCCAGUAGAGAACAUUUUCGUCAUCCUGGAAACCGAUGUUAACAUGACUUUUGGAGGCAAGCGCACCCUGUGUGCCGUGCUUACACUUGGGAGUGUGGGGAUGUUCUCACCGUCACAUACCCCCGCGGAGGAGAUCACCAAGGGUCUUGGACCACAUAUCCGCUCGAAACUAGGGAUCGAGAAAGACAGAUAUUUCAUCUUGUAUGACGAUCGAAAGAUUGAAUCCAUUGGCAUGAAUGUGUAA